AUGGCUAUGCCAGCCAAGAAGACAGUUACACCUGCCAAAGCAGUAGUAAUGCCUGGCAAAAAGGGAGCCACCCCAGGCAAAGCAUUGGUAGCAACCGCUAGUAAGAAGGGAGCAGCUGCUCCAGCUAAGGGAGCAAAGAAUGGCAAGAAUGGCAAGAAAGAAGACAGUGAUGAGGAAGAUGAAGAUGACAGUGAAGAAGAAGACAGGGAUCAUGAAGAAGAGGAUGAGCCAGCAAUGAGGAAAGCAGCUGCUUUUGGUGCUGCUCCUGUCACAGAUGAUGAGGAUGAAGAGGAUGAGGAUGAGGAUGAGGAGGAUGAAGAUGACUCUGAAGAAGAACCUAUGGAGAUUGUACCAGCCAAAGGAAAGAAAGCUCUAGAAAAAGCUGUUGCUGUGAAGGGCAAGAGCACUGCUAAAGAUGAAGAGGAUGAUGAGAAAAUAAGUCCAGAGAGCUUAAAUGACUUUGCCAAAGAACAGAGAGUUUAUAAACGAUGA